AUGGGUAACGUAAGCUCUCUGAUUUUCUUUGCAGUUAAACGGUUUAAGGAACCAAAGGAAGAGAGGCGUCCCUGGAGGAUAUGGUUUUAUGAUACCUCCAAGCAAGCAAUAGGUGCCCUCUUCAUCCACUUUGCCAAUGUUUUUCUGUCGGAUCUCACUGAAGAGGACCCUUGCUCUCUCUACCUUAUUAAUUUCAUCCUUGAUGCCACGCUGGGGAUGCUGCUGAUCUGGCUCGGUGUGAAGGUUGUCUCCUGGAUCGUGCAGCGUAAGAAGUACACGUACCUGGUCUUCGGAGAGUAUGGUGACCCUCCACAAGCUGCUGCCUGGAUUGGCCAGUGUAUCCUCUACUUGCUGAUAAUGGUUUUUGAGAAGACUGUGAUUAGCCUUGUGCUGCUUAUUCCUGGUUGGACAAAGCUUCAGCAGAUCCUCCUGGGUUACAUCCCAAACCCCCAGCUGGAGCUCAUCCUGGUCAUGCUUGUUGUGCCUUUCAUAGUCAAUGCCAUUAUGUUCUGGGUUGUGGACAGCUUGAUCAUGAGGAAAUAUAAGCAGAAGGACACCCUGGACAUCAAUGGAUCCAUAGAAACUCCUCGGGCUAGGAGGACUGAGGAAUCUCAGGUGUUACUCUCUCCAGAUACGGACUUUGAUCAGUCUGAAAGCGACCAGGAUAUUUCAGGACUCCAGGGAACGAACCAGAAGAUGAAGCAGCCCAGCUAUCAAGUGGUUAUCUGA